AUGUUAGAAUUGCUUCUCAGCCAAGGAGGUGAAGUUGAUUUACUUGACUGUAAGUUUAGAACACCCUUAGCAGUAGCGGUGUUAAGAAACAACCAAGAAGCAGUAUCUCUUUUGGUGCGUUAUAAUGCUCCAAUUUACAAUUAUAUUUAUGAAUUAGAGAUACCAGCCUAUUCCAGGAGAAUUUUACAGGAUGCAUUACAAAACGGAAAUCGGAAAAUUGUGGAACACCUUUUAUGGUCUGGAACUGUCCCAAAUGAAAUUUGUAAUUCCUUCCCAUGGUCUUUUCAAAGUGAUGUUGUACCAAAAAUGUUAUCUUUGUUUCUGGACGAUCUUAAGAACUUAAGGAGCAGUCCUCUCGAAAAUGACUUCGUUAAAAUGUGUGAUGCAAUUUUCAACAAAAACUUUGCUAUGAUGUGUAACUUAUUCCACAAAGGCGAAACAAUUACUCUUUUUUCUGGUAUACAUAGUGAGAGUAACAAGAAAUGUGUUAAAAUGUUGUUGGCAAAUUUCCAUGAAAACUCUUUAAGCUUUUCAUCACUACAUUUUGCAGCAGUUUGUGAUUUCAAAAAAGCAGCGAAACUUUUGCUUUUGUACGGAGCAACCCUAUUUCAGAAAGAUGCAAUCGGCCGAACGUCACUUCAUUUGGCACAAAGCAGCGAAAUGGUUGAAAUACUGUUAAACACAAAACAUAAACCUAUAGAAACAUCAAAUUUGUCUUUUAGUACCUUAAAAUAUUGCUCCACCUUUGAAUUUGUUCCAUCUGCAAUAAGUACUCUAGGACAUCCUCAAGGUAUCGUAAAUGUCAAAGAUAACUUCGGUAAUACACCGCUUCAUUCUAUUACCAUGUCAGCAACAGAUGUUCCAAAUUGCCUCACAAUUUUGGAGAAAAUGAUCCAACAAGGUGCCAAUCCAUGUAUUUGCUGUAAAAGAGGUUAUUUACCCCUUGAUCAUUUCAGAACUAUAUCCUUGUUUCUUAAAGAAAGUGAUGUUGAUAGAGGGGAAAGAAUUCUUGGAUGUUCAAGAACAUUUUUUUAA